GUCUGUGGAGGGGGGGGACACCAACCCAAAAGACAAGCCAAGCCCAGGGCAGAGCGGGGGGCUCGGUGGCACUAUAAAACCCCCCAAGACCAUGACUUCCAGUAAAAUUGAGAUGCCAGGGGAGGUGAAGGCAGACCCUGCAGCUCUGAUGGCAUCUCUGCAUCUGCUGCCUUCUCCCACUCUCAACCUUGAAAUCAAAUACACCAAGAUUUUCAUUAAUAAUGAGUGGCAAAAUUCUGAAAGUGGGCGAAUAUUCCCAGUAUAUAAUCCAGCAACAGGAGAGCAGAUCUGUGAGAUCCAGGAAGCUGACAAGAUUGAUACAGACAAAGCAGUGCGGGCCGCUCGCCUUGCUUUUUCUCUAGGUUCAGUCUGGAGGAGAAUGGAUGCAUCAGAAAGAGGCCGUCUCUUGGAUAAGCUAGCGGACUUGGUGGAAAGAGACAGGGCAGUUCUUGCUACUAUGGAGUCACUGAACAGUGGCAAACCUUUCUUGCAAGCUUUCUACGUAGAUCUUCAGGGAGUCAUAAAAACGCUGAGGUAUUAUGCCGGCUGGGCAGACAAAAUCCAUGGAGUGACCAUUCCUGUAGAUGGAGAUUAUUUUACGUUUACAAGACACGAACCCAUUGGAGUGUGUGGACAGAUCAUCCCUUGGAACUUCCCCCUGCUGAUGUUUGCAUGGAAGAUUGCUCCAGCUCUGUGCUGUGGCAAUACAGUAGUUAUUAAACCAGCAGAACAAACACCACUCAGCGCGCUCUAUAUGGGAGCCCUCAUCAAGGAGGCUGGCUUUCCACCAGGAGUUGUCAAUAUUUUGCCAGGAUUUGGUCCGAUUGUUGGUGCAGCCAUAGCAUCUCAUGUUGGCAUUGAUAAGAUUGCUUUUACUGGAUCUACUGAGGUAAGAGGAUUCAUGGAUAUGUUACCGUAA